UCUGUGCGAUCUUAGCUUGCCAUUUGACGCAAAGCAUACCCAGCAUUGAGACCUCCCGGUCGAAUUGAGUCCCUUGCUAUACCACCUUUUAUUGGGGUCGUGCAGUGCAAAAAAGUUUACUUUUGUGAUAUUUUUAGAUCGUGCACCGUAACCCAUUUCGAAAUCUUGAUAAAGCGCAUUGUAAUCCGUCGCAAAAAUGACGCUCGUGUGGGGUAUUAUUGCAUCGUUCCUAUACCUGGAAAUAUUCGUCGUUCUCCUGCUCGUACUGCCCCUCAGAAGCCCACAGCAAUGGCAUCGAUUUUUCAAAUCUCGUUUCCUGGCGAUGCUGAGCCGACAGGCCCAAACCUAUUUCUAUCUACUGCUAGCGGUGUUGGUGCUGUUCCUGCUGGAAGCCAUCCGUGAAAUGCGAAAGUAUUCCUCCAACGAUCACUCUCACACCGAAACGCACCUGAACGUGGAGAUGCAGCACAGCAUGCGAUUGUUCCGAGCGCAGCGAAAUUUUUACAUCUCCGGCUUUGCCAUCUUCCUGUCGCUGGUGAUUCGUCGCCUCGUAUCGCUCAUCAGUGGCCAAGCAGUGCUGCUCGCCCAAGCGGAAGCUUCGAUGAAGCAGGCUCAAAGUGCAACCAGUGCGGCACGCACCUUGAUGAACCAGCAGAAAGGCGAUGAUAAGUCAGCUGAUGGCAAGGGCAAACCAGCUGGUGAUGGUGCCACUACCGAUGAUCUUAAGAAAAAGGUUGCAGAUCUCGAACAAGAACUGGCUAAAGAACGCAAGGACAAGGAAGCGAUGAAAUCACAGUCCGAAAGUCUGAAUCGUGAAUACGAUCGUCUUACGGAAGAGUACAGCAAACUACAGAAGAAAAUCACAGUUUCCAGUCCGGAUAAAAGCGAUUAAAUGGAAUAACUAAGACCACUAAGUGGAGGUCCGCGUCAAUAUGCAUUAACGGUUUUGGGGUUGUUUUGUGCCGUCCGCCCGUCGUGCGCAAUUCUCUUGUACGCGUUAGGGCGGUGGGAGGUAUUCAUCAGUCAUCCUUUUUCACAUUUCUUUUUCUCUAACUAGUUCACGUUUGAUCUUGUAAUAAGUCACGCUUUGGGUAGUUUUCGGGCAGCAGGUGGACGGAACGAAACCUACAACCAGAUAGCCUUUCGGGCAGAAUGAAAUUAACGAGAGCACUGAUUUUGGAGUUAGCUCGAAACAGCCGAUUAUGGCACCAAGGGAAGAGAAAAGAAGCAAAUCUUUUCUAUUAAAAAUGUACUGAAUGUAAGAUGCUGAAAUAAAUAAUAAAUGUUUAA